AUGGAUACGAUAGUGUCAAUGGUCGUGAACCGGUCCACCGUGACUGUUGAGCAUAUCAACAUCAAAAAGGCCACUCCCGACUCCCUUACCAUGUCCCUAGUGAACCGCGUAACUGGCACUGGCCCCACUUCUGCCACCAUGUCUCCCAUGGUUGUCGACCUCGUCUUCGGCGGCGUCGCCUGGGGCAAGCUGCAGCUGCCCGAGGUGGUCACCUCGCCUAGCGGCACGGAUAUCGUCUGCGCUGAGCAGGAGGUGGCCAUCACGGACCAAAAGGCGUUCCGCGCUUUCGUGAAAGCGCUAACAUGGGACGAGGAGCUGCGCCUGACGCUGGACAACGGAGACUGCCGCAUCACGACCAAGAUCAUGGGAUUUCAGGUCAACAGCAACAUUGUGUACAGCAAGGAAUUGUUGAUUAAGGGCAUGGGCGGGCCGAAGGUUAGCUUGGUUAGGACAGGGGGCGGGCAGAAUACGGUGCGCGUGGAGAACCCGAGCCCGCUAGAGAUCGACCACGGGGUGUCCAUGUUUGAGGUCGUCGUGGUGGAUGGGAAUGGGAAUGGGAAUGGGAAUGGGAAAGGGGAUGGGGUCGUGGCAGCGCGGCUCCGGGGCGGGCUAAUUAUUGUGCGCGGAGCGUGUGAGUGCACGAUGGACAUUACGUUCACGGGCGUCAAGGUCGCACCGGGAACGAAGGCCAGGCUGAUUGGGCGGGGCACGGAGGCGCAGAGCUGGAUGAAUGAUACGUUGCAGUACAUUGACUCCGAGCUCGAGGUGACGGAGCAGUUUGCUGCGCUAACGGGUUGA